AUGUUGCCCUUGGUCGAAAACACACUAAGCUGUCUCCCUGCUAGAAACAUUCAGCAAGUGGUGGCAAGGCAGAGCCACCAGAAGAGGACACCUGAUUUCCAUGACAAAUAUGGAAAUGCUAUAUUAACUGGGGGAGCCAUCUUCUGUGUUUCUACAUGAUCAUAAACAACCACAAAAAUUACAAUAGAAUGGAGCCUGUCCCUUGUUGGCAGAGUCACCCCAAAGGAACGGAGAGAUCAGUAG